AAUGGUAUAAUCCACUGUCAUGGCGCCCUGAGCUAGUGGUCCUUUUGGUGGUGGCCUUGUCAUGGUAUCCAUUAUUUUUCUUUUAAUUACAAGCUUUUGUGACAGUUUGGCAAACGUUAAUGGUUUGACGUCGAAUCUCGGUCUAUAGAUAAGUCAACAUGGCGGGCGCUAACACGGCUCAGAAAACCUGGGAGCUCUCAAACAGCAUGCAGGAAGUUCAGAGCAUAGAUGAAAUUUACAAAUAUGACAAGAAGCAGCAGCAGGAGAUCCUCGCAGCGAAGCCGUGGACAAAGGAUCACCACUACUUCAAGUACUGCAAGAUCUCAGCCUUGGCCCUGCUGAAGAUGGUGAUGCACGCCAGGUCAGGGGGCAACUUGGAGGUGAUGGGCCUCAUGCUGGGGAAGGUGGACGGGGAGAGCAUGAUCAUCAUGGACAGCUUCGCCCUGCCUGUGGAGGGCACAGAGACCAGAGUGAAUGCCCAGGCUGCAGCCUAUGAAUACAUGGCCGCCUACAUUGAGAAUGCCAAACAGGUUGGCAGGCUGGAGAACGCCAUCGGCUGGUACCACAGUCACCCGGGUUACGGAUGCUGGCUCUCUGGCAUCGACGUCAGCACCCAGAUGCUCAAUCAACAGUUUCAGGAGCCCUUUGUGGCCGUCGUGAUCGACCCCACUCGAACUAUUUCUGCAGGGAAAGUCAACCUGGGCGCCUUCAGGACCUAUCCCAAGGGCUACAAGCCUCCUGACGAAGGGCCCUCAGAAUAUCAAACAAUUCCUCUAAACAAGAUAGAAGACUUUGGUGUGCACUGUAAACAGUAUUAUGCCUUGGAAGUAACUUAUUUUAAGUCAUCCCUCGAUAGAAAGCUCCUGGAACUCCUUUGGAAUAAAUAUUGGGUCAAUACUUUAAGUUCCUCAAGUCUCCUAACGAACUCGGACUACACCACGGGCCAGGUGUUUGACCUGUCAGAGAAGCUGGAGCAGUCGGAGGCCCAACUGGGUCGAGGCAGCUUCAUGCUCGGCCUGGACACACACGACAGGAAGUCCGAGGACAAGCUGGCUAAGGCCACUCGAGACAGCUGCAAGACGACCAUAGAAGCAAUUCACGGUCUCAUGUCUCAAGUCAUUAAGGACAAACUCUUCAAUCAGAUCAACACAUCUGGAAAUUAGAAACUGAAGUAUAAUUUGGAGUGCACAUUUUGUUGUGCUUUACUGCUAAUGGUAGAAUUGUUUGUAUUGUUUUUCCACUAUCUCUUCCUCCUCUAGAAUGCUUUUUUUUUUUUUAUUCAUUUGAUCUUUUUUCCCCGUUCAUCCCUGCAGUAGUCACGGAAAUAAAUUGGACUUCAUACAAAUAAAUAAACAAAUAUA